UGUGCGCUUGCAAUGACUGCGCUGCACACUUGCUUGCUCGACUAAAGUGCCGGCGACUGCAGCGGGGCUGCGUGUUUGGUUGACAGGAUGGAGCCUUCGAGCGACGGCUGUCAGUGCGGUGGAUGGAACGUUGUCCCGGGGCCGGGAGUGCGCGCGCCCGGCGGUGACCUUGGACCGGGAAUGCUCGCGCCCGUGGCCGCCGGUCCUGGAUCAGAAGUGCUCGCGCCCGAGGGCCCGGUACCGGGAAUGCACGCGCCCGACGGCCCGGUACCGGGAAUGCACGCGCCCGACGGCCCGGUACCGGGAAUGCACGCGCCCGACGGCCCGGUACCGGGAAUGCACGCGCCCGACGGCCCGGUUCCGGGACCGCAGGACAGCAGCAGCAGCAGCAGCAGGCGGCGGCGACUGAGGAGCCCGACGUCCCGCUCCAGGUGGCUGCACCCCACCGCCCUGCUUUGCCUCUGCGGCUUCUUCUCCAACGUACGGCCCUCCGAACCCUUCCUCACUCCCUACCUCCUGGGGCCCGACAAGAACCUGACCGAGCAGCAGGUGAAGGAGGUUUUUCCAGUAUGGACCUACUCGUAUCUGGUUCUUCUGUUUCCCAUCUUCCUUGCAACUGACUAUCUCCAUUACAAGCCAGUCAUUGUUGUACAAUGUGCGGCUUUGAUGGCGACCUUUUUCAUGCUAUUGUAUGCUCGAGGACUGCUGGCAAUGCAGUUUAUGGAGUUUUUCUACGGGAUGGUGACUGCAUCGGAAGUGGCGUAUUACUCUUACAUCUACACAAUGGUUGACUUUAACAUGUACCAGAAAGUGACUGGGUAUUGCCGAUGUGCCACAUUGGUUGGGUACACCGUGGGAUCUAUUGUGGGGCAAAUACUGAUUUCGUUUACUGUGCUCUCUCUCUUCCACCUCCAUGUUAUUUCCUUGGUUUGUGCUGCAGUUGCCUUUUUUGCAUCGAUUCUUCUUCCAAUGCCCCAGAAAAGCAUAUUCUUCCACAGAGUGAUAAGAGACUGUAACUCUAAAGAUAUCAGAGAUGAAGGUGCAAGGUCAUCUUCGAAAGGACUUGAAUCAUCUUCAUUGCUGAGUUGUGGUGAUGCUGAGAAAUUGGUUCAUAGUCAUCUCCUCAAGCCAACAGAUGCCAAUCCAUACACUCAUAGAAUUACGAAUAAAACGCCUUUGAAAGGUAUUUACCAUGUCCUGGCCUUACUCUGGAAGACUUUAAUGGAGUGUUAUUCCUCGGGGACACUACUCUGCUGGUCAGUGUGGUGGGCAUUGUCCACCUGUGGCUAUUUUCAAAUAUUGAAUUAUGUUCAAAUAUUGUGGGAGAAAAUUUAUCCUUCGCAAAAUUCCCAGGUUUACAAUGGGAUGGUGGAAGCUGCAUCGGCACUAUUGGGUGCAGUGGCAGCAUUUAUUGUGGGUUAUAUUAAAAUAUCCUGGUCCAUGUGGAGUGAAGUUGCGCUCCUCAUCUUUUCCACUGUUAUUGUUGCUGUGCUGUACAUCAUGGCCACAGUCCAACACAUCUGGGUGUGUUACAGCUGUUACAUCAUAUUCAGAAUUAUUUACAUGAUGCUGAUAACCAUAGCCACGUACAAAAUUGCUGCAAAUCUAAGUGUGGAACUGUAUGCUUUGGUGUUUGGUGUAAACACUUUCAUUGCCUUAGUCCUCCAGACUGUCCUGACUCUGAUUGUAGUGGAAUCCAACAUGCUGAACCUAACCAUAUUUGGACAGUUUCUGGCUUACACUGUGUACUUUGCAGCGAUUGCCAUGCUGUUUCUGAUCUUUGGUGCAUACAGCAUCAUGAAGAAGUACAGUGGAGAGGUACGAACAGCUGAGAACAGCUCGGAGUGCAGGGACAGCAAACAGGAAGUGGUGCCUGGAUGUGAGCAGGAUGAGUACUUGUAGCGAUGGUGACAAAUGUGCGGGGCCAGGACUGGUGGGAGAGCACUGAUUGGAUAACCUCUCUGCUCCUGCACAGUGUCCUCGACCUGGCGUGUCCUUGAACAUGCCCUUGUUCCAUAGUCGCAACAUCAGUGUCGUACAAUGUUUAUGCACAAGGUCAAGGUAUGGAUGCAGGGUUGGUUGAUGGACCUCAGCUCCCUCUUCGAAAACAUGCUCAUAAUCUGAAACGUCACCUAUCCAUGCUCCCAGAGAUGCUGACUGGCCUUUGUCCUAGCCUUUGACCCAGCCUUUGACCCGCUGAGUUACUCCAGCACUUUGCGUGUUUUUGUGUAUACCCUGUAUCAGCAUCUGCACUUCCUUGUUUCUUCAGAAUCUGUGUGCUGGUGUACAGUACAUCGCCAACUAACAUUGUUCAUAUUCCCUCUGCCCUGUAUUAAUCCUGUUAUAUACGUUGUGCUUAUUAUUAUUAUUACCACCUUAGCCUUUACUUGGCAACUAAAUUUGAGUUUCUGUACAAACAUUUGUGCAAUGGCAAAUUUUCAACUUUUCCAGUUGCCAUUAAUACACAGGUACAGUAGUAGUGAUCUUACGCAGACCCAAUAGAACAGAUCUCCUAGUCGCUAUUUCCAGUUUAGUUGGGUGUUUAUUGAGGUAGUUGUACAAACAAAGAGAUGAAUGUACCAAGUUUCCUAAUACUGCAAGAUAUAUCUAAGCAAAAUAAUAUAUGCCAACAUUAAACAUAAAUGGCUCCUACAAUAUGUUAUAGUCAUAAUUCCCGUGUAUUUCAUAAUUAUGCACAGAGUCUUUUCCCUUGUGUAAGUGAAUCAAAAACCCGAGGACAUGGGUUUACGCUGAAAGGGGCAAGAUUCAAUAGGAACCUGAGGGGUAACAUUUCCACCUAGUGGGUAGUGGAUCUAUAGAACAAGUUACCAGUGGAGGUAGUGGAGGCAAGUGCAACAGCAUUUAAAAGACAGCUAGGCAGGUACAUAGAUAAGAAAGGCUUAGCUUAGAUGGGGCAUUCUUGGUUGGCAUGGGUGAAUUGGGCCAUAGGGCCUGUUUACGUGCUGUAUGACUAUAUGGAUGGUGUUAUAGACUGGAAUGGAAGCAUACUCUUACGGUGAAUGGCGCAAGUCAUUGAGAAGCAAAUUGAGGAUAUGUCUCUGUUGGUUUAUUUAUCUAUGUCAGGUCUUCAUUAAGUUUAGAACAGUGUGUUUUGGAUACCUUUAAGCAUUACCAUUGUCUGUUGUAGAUCUGAUGUGAAUGAUGUAUCAGGCAGGCAUGGUGGUGCAGCGGUAGAGUUGCUGCCUUACAGCGCAUGCAGCGCCGCAAACCCGGGUUCAAUCCCAGCUACGGGAUGUAUCUGGAUGGAGUUUGUUCUCCCUGUGCCCACGUGGGUUUUCUCCGAGAGCUUCAGUUUCCUCCCACACCUCAAAGAUGUACAGGUAUGUAGGUUAAUUGGCUUGGUAAAUGUAAAAAUUGUCCCUAGUGUGUGUAGGAUAGUGUUAAUAUGCGGGGAUCGCUGGCCGGCGUGGACUCGGUUUGGCCGAAGGAUCUGUUUCCAUGCUGUAUCUCUAAAAAUAAAACUAAGUGUUAAUUUUGAUACGCAAUGGAAAUAUGCUUUGUAGUGAGACAGCCAAACCAGCUGAAAUGGUCAUUGUCUCUUAAUAUAGCUGUUCCAAAUUUUCAGUAAGAUUUUAAACAUAAAUGCAAUACGCACCAUUAGUAUCAAACCUAGUCUUUCCUUAGUUAGAAGCAAAUUCUAGCUUAGAUGCAGCCUUGCCAAUUGUGCAUUUCUUUCCCACAUUGAUUGAGGUCACCAGUCAGCCUCCAAAACGGAGGAUAUUUUUUGAUUUGGCAUGGAUGAGGAAGAGGAAUUUGCAAAAAUGAGAUUAAUUUUUUGCUUUUUAAAAUUUUAUUUUGUUUAUUUUACAAUCGGGUUGGGUUACUCGUAUCGCCAUCAAUCGAUAUCUUCCUAGCCACUUCCAAUUCCACUUCCUUCUGCAUCUACUCCAGGGAAACUCAAACAUCUAGCCUAUGAUUCUCUUUCCAACAUAACCUUGCUUUGGCUCAUGAUUUGCACAACAGAUCCUGACCUCCAUCCUUUAACACUUUGUCUAUGAAUAGCCGUGAAACUAUAAUCUACCAUCAUCCUUCAUCCUCAGAAACCAGCAUUUAACCCCUCUACCUUUGCCGAUCACCACAUCUCCAGCUUACUUAUCCGAAUUAUUCAAUGUGUUGAAGCCUUUCAAGUUGUUUGUUUUCAGUUUCCGUCUGACAUCUUCCCUCCUUUCUCUGUAAUCUCCAACCUUAAUGUUUUCAGAUAUUUAGGCUCCACCAAUUCUAAAAUUGCCUGCCAAGGCCCUAUUCUCUGAUUUUAGAUCUCCAACUUCUCUUCCUCUUUCCUUCUCUAAGACAUGGCUCUGUGACCGAGCCUUGGUCAUCCACUCCCAUAUUCAGCUGGCUCAGCUAUAAAAUUUAGUCAUGUUCACAUGGUGCUUUCCGAUGGUUUAACUGAGUACAGGAGCUACGUGAAGGUCCCCGGCCCGAACCAUCACCUUUCCAUGUUCUCCAGAGAUGUUGCCUGACCUGCUGAGUUGCUCCAGCACUUUGUGUCUGUUGUUUUGUAAACCAUGCACAGUUUAUCAUAUCGGAAUGGUUUAUUAUUGGCAUGUGCACUGUGUUAGAGUAGAAAACCCAUUAGUGUGCUAUCCAGGUCAAUCAUAUUGUGCAACUGUGCCUUACACGAGUACAACAAAUGGUGCAUAAUGAGAAAAUAAAUCAUAAUGUCCAGCCCAGUGCCUGGUUUCAGCUUCCUUAAAGCAGAGGUGGAAGUUCAUUUGUUUAAUAAAGUAUCUUUGUCGAAGUGGCACUGGAAAAGAUUGUCUUGUCAGUUUCCAAAGUACAGGUAUAUCACUUAAGUAAUCUACUAUGAACUGGUAGCUCUUGAUCAAACAGCCAAUGGUGUCUGAUUACUGUGUGUAAGCGACAUGUGAACAAUUUUUUUGUGUCGACCGGCUCUUGUUUGUACGAAUGGACGAUAUCCACAAAUGGAUGUACCAUGUCCAACAAUUCUUGAAAUCAUUCACGUCAUUCUCAAUAAUGGAAGCAUAAUACUAGAUUCAAACUCUACAGUUAGUGCUUUCAACUGGAAAAAUGCUGCUAUUAGCACAGGCUUUAUGGUUUUAAUACCAGUCUUUUUGUAAUUGACAACAUUGUUAUAGCACACAAUAUGUGACUCACAUUUGUUACUUUGCUGCUGUGAUCAUUAACAUAAAUGAAGAACAGACCAAUUUUCUGAUAAAUGGCGGUCCAGCACCUCCUUUAAUCCGGACAAAAUUACAAGAGCGCACUUGAGAUUCCCCCAUGGAAAUCCCCCUGAAAAUGUGGUGCCUGGAGCUGGCAAGGCGACCGAUCUCUACCUCAUCGGGACUUCCACGGCCGAUUGUCGGGAUUAAUUUGCUGGGGUUCUGGAACUCUGGCCAGAGCCGGCAGAUCUGUUCCCAAAGCUGACUUCCGAGGCCGACUUUGCGGGACGGUUUUUCAGCCUCCUGGCAGCCUAGGCAGAUGGACCAUUCCGGGUUCUGUUUGAUUCCUCGUAGGUCAUGACCUCUGUUGAUCCUGCAAAACGGAUAAUCAAGAAGGCUCUGGAACCAAAGGUGCUGGAAAAUUGGUGGUGGACCUGUAAUAGACUUCUUGAUUGGUAUUGAAUAUUGUAGAAUGUAUUUUACAUGGUAAGGAAAAAUGUGUUUUUGGCGUUUGAAGUUUUUAAGUUAACUGACAAGUUAUGAAGUAAUCUGAUUUUAUAUUAAGCACGUCACUAUUGAGGUAUUACAGGUCUGCACAACUUUUAGAUGAGGGCAAGUGAAAGGAAUAAUUGAUCAGUGCACUGAACUAAUUUUUUUCUUGAUUUUCUCAAAUGUUGAUAAACUGCAUUAGAACACUAUUUAUUGUGAGUAAGACAGGAGUGUGUGUUACUUUGAAUUCAAGUGUUGUACUGCACUGAUAUAAUCUUGACUAAGUCGAGAUAAUGUUUCAAACUUGAGUAUUUUCCUGCAUAUGAUAUUUGGCAGCACAGUGGCGCAGUGGUAGAGUUACUGCCUUACAACAUCAGAGACUUGGGUUUGAUCCUAACUAUGGGUGCUGUCUGUACGGAGUUUGUAGUUCUCCCUGUGACUGUGGGUUUUCUCUGGGUGUUUCGAUUUCCACCCACACUCCAAAGAUGUGCAGGUUUCUAGAUUAUUUGUCUUGUAGAAAUUGUCCCUAGAGUGUAGGAUAGUGCGGACUUGGUGGGCCAAGGGGCAUGUUUCCAUGGUAUAUCUCUAAAGUCUAAAGGUAUAACUUGUACGUUGUUGCAAGAUUAAAGUGGAGAAGUGGAAAAAGACGGAAAAAAAUAGUGGAAUCAUAAGAUUCUCAUCAAAAUACAGGCAACGGAUACAAGAAAUGUACUGUUGAAGAGAAGAAGGUGCUCUUGAAAAACUUGUUUUUGCAAUAUUAAGCACACUUCGUAUAGGUAGUAAAUUCCACAAUUAGUUCUUUGAUCAAAUAAAUUGUUCCUAGUAGGGGAAAUAUCCAAGGAGUGGUGAAAUAUUACACGUUCCUUUUCUUAAUCAUUAAUUGAAAUGCAAUGUUAUAGGAAUCAAAACAAUAGGAAUAUACAUUCAAUGGAAAGGGGACGAGGUGUGUGGAUGAAUGUUGAGGUUAAGAGUAGACACAAAGUGCUAGAGUGACAACCAGCCAGGCAGCAACCCUGGAGAAAAAGGGUGGGUGAUGCUUCAGGUCCGAAGUAGGGUCCCCAUCCUUUUUCUUCAGAGAUGCUGCCAGACCCAUCUGCAGUUCUUUGUUUUUACUAGAGAUUACGAGGUUUGAGCAGGAAAAUCAAUUAACUUUUAAUUUUAAAAGUAUGUAAUAAUUUUACAUGCUAUGAACAAGGUGCUGGGGGAGAUCUUUGUUACAUAUAUGAACUAAUUUCAAAGUAAUUGUGUUAAUUGCUUGCUAUAAAUUUAUUUUGUAAGUAGAUUGUUUUUGCCAAUCAAAUGCAAGUUAUGAAUCUUGAUUUUUGUUACGCACAACAUUUGUCUAAUAUAUUUAAAAAUAAAGUAUAUUCCUGAACAUGGUAAUCGUACUAAAGUGAUUUAAUCCUUCCAUACCGACCCAACAUCUGCAAAUUUACUUACAUGCAUUCAGUGGCUCAGUUAGAAAGUAUCGGUCCUAACCAUCAAAGUUUUGGAUAAAGCCAUGGAAGACUUCUAGCGCAAGCUUAACAACCUGCACCCCAAAGGGAGCCAAACUGCUUUUCCUGGUCAACUUCUGCAGUUGUACAGAGCCCUAGUAAGACCACACCUGGAGUAUUGUGUGCAUUUUUGGUCCCCUAAUUUGAGGAUGGACGUUCUUGCUAUUGAGGGAGUGCAGCGUAGGUUUACAAGGUUAAUUCCCAGGAUGGCGAGACUAUCAUGCUGAGAGAAUGGAGCGGCUGGGCUUGUAUACUCUGGAGUUUAGAAGGAUGAGAGGGAAUCUCAUUGAAACAUAUAAGAUUGUUAAGGACUUGGACACGCUAGAGGCAGGAAACAUGUUCCUGAUGUUGGGGGAGUCCAGAACCAGGGGCCACAGUUUAAGAAUAAGGAGUAAGCCAUUUAGAACGGAGACGAGAAAACAUUUUUUCUCACAGAGAAUUGUGAGUCUGUGGAAUUCUCUGCCUCAGGGCGGUGGAGGCAGGUUCUCUUAAUGCUUUCAAGAGAGAGAUAGAUAGGGCUCUUAAAAAUAGCGGAGUCAGGGGAUAUGGGGAGAAGGCAGGAACAGGGUACUUAUUGGGGAUGGUCAGCCAUGAUCACAUUGAAUGGCAGUGCUGGCUCGAAGGGCCGAAUGACCUAUUCCUGCACCUAUUGUCUAUUAUCAGGGUGAGAAGGGGUGCAAUUGGCAGGGAAGGACCCCUCUAUCAUUCCCUUGACAAAAUGCUUGGAGCAUGGCCUUAUCGUAGCUAACAAGGUUUAGUCAGUGGGACCAGCACAAUAUGUCACAGCAAUGCUAGUCUGACCACAGACCACCAGGGAACUGCGGUACUUGGGGAUGGCAGGUGAGGCAGUCUGAAGAAGGGUACCGACCCAAAACGACGUCACCCAUCCUUUUUCCCCAGAGAUGCUGCCAGAUCCACUGAGUUACUCCAGCACUUUGUGUCUAUCUUCGAGUGAAUGUUGUUGUUGGAUAUCACUAGGGUCUUUCCGCUGGAGUAAUUCAGCAAGUCAGGCAGCAUCUCUGGAUUGGUGAUGUUUCAGGGCAGGACCCUUCUUCAGACUUUGCAUUUCCUUGCAUGGUUCUGUAGAAGGGUCCUGACCUGAAAUGUAUCUAUCCAUGUUCUCCAAAGAUGCUGCCUGACCUGCUGAGUUACUCCAGCACUUUGUGCCUUUUUUUUGUAAACCAGCAUCUUGUGACUGGGGUCUUUCUGCUGCUGGACAUGGAAGGGCUGAAUCUGGUGGGGACACCCCACAGACAAGGGAAGGGAUAUCGUUAAAACAGUGAUUUGUGUACAGAACUGUGUGCAUAUUGCUGGAGUAUGAUACUAGCAAUAAUGUGGCAUAGAGAAGAUAGACACUCUCCUAGGAUGGAAAAAUCAAAUGCUAAUGGGCAUUAUCUUUAAGGUGAGAGGGGCAAAAUUUAAAGGAGAUGUGUG